AUGCCUGCCCAACUUCCCACUCGUACAAUCGGCGACACCCAGGUCACCGCCGUCGGCUUCGGCGCCAUGGGCCUUUCUGCGUCCUACGGCAAGCCCUUGCCCGACGAAGAACGCUUGAAGCUCCUUGACACUGUCUACGAGUACGGCUGCACGAACUGGGACACGGCCGAUGUCUACGGCGAUAACGAAGAACUGCUCGGUAAGUGGUUCGCACGCACCGGCAAGCGCAGCGAGAUCUUCCUCGCGACCAAGUUCGGCGUCAACUUUGAGACGAAUACCGUCAACGGCUCGCCCGAGUACGUGCACGAGAGGUUAGGAAGGUCGCUGCGCCUACUCGGCACGGACUACGUCGACCUCCUCUACCUGCACCGUCCGGCCCUGGACACUCCCAUCGAGAUCACAGUCGGCGCCAUGGCCGAGCUCGUCAGGACGGGCAAGGUCCGCCACCUCGGCCUGUCAGAUUGCUCUGAGGCGACACUCCGCCGCGCACACGCCGUGCAUCCGAUCGCGGCGCUGCAGGUUGAGUACUCGCCGUUCACACUCGACAUCGAGGACGAGAAGAUCGGACUGUACAAGGCAUGCCAGGAGCUUGGCGUCGCCAUCGUCGUGUACGCCCCGCUCGCCCGCGGGCUCCUUAGUGGCCAAUUCCGAUCGCCCGACAGCUUUGCGGAGGACGACUUCCGGCGCAUAAUCCCGCGGUACUCGCGCGAGAACUUCCCAAAGAUUCUCAAGCUUGUCGAGGACCUGAAGGUGAUCGGCACAAAGUACAGGGCGACGCCGAGCCAGGUGGUGCUGGCGUGGCUGCUUGCACAGGCGGAUAACAUCAUCCCCAUCCCCGGUACCACCAAAGAGAAAUACCUGAAAGAGAAUCUGGCUGCCCUGAAUAUCAGGCUCUCGUCGGAGGACUUGCAGGAAGUGCGGAAGGUCGCAGAAGCAGCGGAUGCAUCCUCCAUGGGGGCGCGUUACCCAGAGUUCAUGAUGAAGUUUGCGUAUGCAGACACGCCUGAGCUUCAGUGA